UCUACCUUCCGACAUUCAUGGAUUCAUCAAAUAGGCUCAUAGUAGAUGAUCUGAUUGCAAAAUUGAAACCAUCAAAGAAACAUAUGAAUAAUUUCGAAGCUCAGAGUUCAUCUUAUCAGACCCGGAAUAGAUUUCAGAGUCCUUCAAAGGAAUUUAGUUCAGAUUUGAGACUGAUAUCACAGAGUAACCUUAACGGUCGGGAAAACUGCUCGAGGGCCCAUCAUCACUUGGAGAUCAAAAGUAUGAAAUACUUUCAGAGACAGGCUUACCAAGAAGAGCAGCGAUUAGAAUAUCUCAUUGAACCUCAAGUAGGAAACUCAGUAUUUUCAGCGAGAAAUUCACAGAAAAACCAAAUACCAGCUAUUCAAAGUCCUUCUCCAGGCAGCUUUUGCUCAAAAAGGGCCAAAUACAGAAGUCAUGCUCGUUCGUUUUCACGCUUCAGGAGAUAUGCUAGCCCUGAAAUGUGAAGAAAUACUAACCAGGUUCGUCUUUUAGGACUGAAAUAGUCACGAGCAAAUUAAAAGCUGAGAAUUCAGACAAGAUCAGCCGAGGAAAAUCUUAAGUCCCAAGUUGUUUCGUUCGACAGAGAUGAACAUCACUAAGGCUAUUAAGCAACAUCACCUUAAGAUGCUGUAUAACCGAUCAAUGGAUGCAAAAAUCAACAUCGCUCAGAAAUAUAUGAAGAAGUACAACAUCAAACUACCUGAAAAGGAGCUGUAUUCCUUAAAAAUGAGUGAAAUCAUAAAGAAAUUAACCAAAAAGAGAAUGAAAUAAGGUUACCAACCAGAUGGCUCUGCGGAUUCAGAAAGCCUUCAGGGGAUAUUUAGGAAGAAAAAUAUAUGCAGCUAAGAAGAAGCUCUUAGACCAGACAGCUAGGAAAAUACAGCAGUGAUGGAGGUCAUAUAGAAUUUUCACCCUGGUUCCCAAAACCUUAAAAUUCCGUAAACAAAAGUCGCUGCUUUUGAUUCAGAAGUUCUUAAGAGGAUAUAGGGACUACAAAUAGGAUCAAUGAGAUAUUGUCAGCACAGAGAAUGCACCAAAAUUUUGCUUAUUUCUCCUAAAAUGAGGGAGAAAAUUGAAGAAGACAGUGCAAUCUUCAUCCAAUAUCGCUCAAAGAAGUUCCUCGUUGAUGUUAAGAAGAAAAAGGAUCUUUCUGUUAUCAGAAACCUCCGAAAUCCAAGUAAGAACAUAAGGAUGUUUCCAAAGAAAGGUGGAGUACAGUUACAAUUUACGAACACAUUGGUAGACCCACUGCUUAAGAAUGACAAGAUCAAGAUGGUACGGAAGAAAUGUGGUAAGUUUCGACAAAAGAAGUUAACAAAAAGUUUUAAAAAUUAGUUUU